GCCGAGACGCAAUGCACUAUUCUUCAAGAACGAUUCGAGGCCCAAGUCCUCACCCUGAAGCUCGCGAAAGAACAGAACGGCGAUCUCCAGGAACGGCUGAUUCUGUCGGAAAGCGCUCAGGCGACGAAACUUGAGUCAGCUGUGGGCAAGUUCAAAUCCGAGAUCGUGUCGCUCCAAGACCACAAGGCUACACUCGAAGCGAAUCUCGCUCAGACCCAAGACGAAUUGGCGAUCCAUCAAACGGCGUCUAUCCACUUUGAGCACAAACUCAGCAAGCAGGAGGAGGCGCACGCAAAGUCGCUUCAGGCGCAAGAAUCCCGUGCACAGGUUGCCGAACGCGAAGCGGUCAACGCCAAGCGACUCGUUGAA